AUGUACCAUGUUCUGAGCCACUCUGUGAGUGCUAGGCAUCCCCUCAAUGUCAAGCCUCUGGGAAACGAGCUCCUUAGUGAUCCUGAAGAGCAAAAGUUGAAAGCCAAGCUAAUGGGUGAUUUUUCACACUUUUCCGACGAAACCAUCAUGAUGAUUCUCGGCCACAUUUCCAAUAAAAAAGACCUUUUGCACCUCGCACACACGUCCAGAGUGAUGUACGCGUACACUUAUGACGAGGAAUUGUGGCGACGGCUUUAUUUCAGCAAAAUUGGUGGUUUUUCAAAUGGUGAAAAUCGGCUGCAAAAUUUUAAAUGGAGAGGUUCUUGGAGAAAUUCUGUGUUGGGAAUCGACAAACGAGCCAACGUGACCCUUCCUGGGUCUUUGGUGUGCUCAGACUUGCUCUAUCGGCCGUAUCAAUGUUCCCAAAUCGACUACUCGUCGUUAUUUUCCAAGGUUAUAAAGGACGAAACCAGCCGCCAUAACCAAGCAUUAAAGUCAUCAGCUGAAGUUGUUAACGAAAAAUCAAUUUUGAGGCUUCCAGAUUCCGAAUCUCACGACUAUGAAAAAUUGCAAAAUAAGCCAUUUAUUCUUGUGAGCCAGCCGGGACGAUGGCCCAAUUGGGAUAUUUCGCACCUUGUGAACCGGUUUCCAGAAGUGGUGUUUCGUCAAGAAGUUGCUCAAUGGCCACUUUCUUUGUAUGCUGAAUAUCUUCGGAACAACUGCGACGAAUCUCCACUUUAUUUAUUUGACUGCAAAAGUGAUGCCAUGAAAACGUUAAAACAGGAGUAUACAGUACCUCAGGUCUUCCAAGAUGACUUGUUUUCCGUUUUUGAAAAAGUCGAUUGCCGCCCAGAUCACGCCUGGCUCAUCGUGGGACCUCAAAGAUCCGGAUCCACUUUCCAUAAAGAUCCUAAUUAUACUUCUGCAUGGAACGCUGCAUUAUCAGGACGUAAGCUCUGGGUGAUGCUUCCACCGCAUAUCGUACCCCCGGGAGUUGGAACUGAUGAUGACGAAAGUGAGGUGACGUCGCCGGUCGGAAUUGCCGAAUGGGUAUUGGCAGGAUUUUUCAAUGACGCUGCAACCAUCGAUGAAUGCAUAAUUGCCGUAACAUUCCCGGGAGAAUGCAUGCACGUUCCGGCCGGAUGGUGGCACUCAGUAAUCAAUAUCGAUGACAGCGUGGCGUUGACGCAGAAUUUUGCACCCUCGUCAAAAGUACAAAAUACCCUCGAUUUCUUUAAAAAGAGAACUGAUCAAGUAUCCGGAUUUACGAUAAAGCGAGUCUACAAAGCUAUCAGUAAAUUUUUAGACACCCACCAAGACGAUGAUGGUGAAGAUAUAGAAGCAUUAAGAACCUUCCGUUCUACAAUAUCCACCAUGGAUAUCGAUCAAAUCGCUGACGAGGAUUGUGGAGAACUCGAUGAAAUGCCUACGAUGCCCAUCUACGAGUUUUUCCGUUUGUUACUCAUAAGUGAGGGAAAAGGUCAUCUUCUUGAAACCUCUCAAACCCGGAAAUCCCCCCACUCAUGGACAAAAGUGGUUGACAGUACUGGUUUUACAUUCGGAUUUGAUAUAGAAUAA